AGACUAGCCUCCGAUUUCCUGUCAAGAUACAUUUUUCUCGCUGUUGGAAGAGUUGGGUCAAGUACCGAUUUAAUUGUCCAGAGAGUCGAGUAUGUUCAGGAGUCUGACAAGAGAAGUCAUCUUAUGGACCUUCUUCAUGCACAGAGAGCAAAUGGUGUUCAAGGAAAGCAAGCUUUGACAUUAGUUUUUGUGGAGACAAAGAAGGGAGCCGAUGCACUGGAACAUUGGUUGUGCAUGAAUGGUUUUCCAGCUACUACUAUUCAUGGAGACAGGACCCAGCAGGAAAGAGAAAUGGCGUUAAGGUCAUUUAAGAGUGGGAACACACCCAUAUUGGUUGCCACUGAUGUCGCUGCACGUGGUCUUGAUAUUCCUCAUGUUGCCCAUGUGGUUAACUUUGACCUUCCAAAUGAUAUUGAUGACUAUGUACACCGGAUUGGAAGGACAGGACGUGCUGGAAAGAAAGGCCUCGCAACUGCAUUCUUUAAUGACAACAAUGCCUCCCUUGCAAGAUCUUUAGCCGAACUAAUGCAGGAAGCAAAUCAAGAAGUGCCCGCAUGGCUCUCACGGUAUGCUGCUCGAUCUUCAUUUGGAGGUAGGAACCGUCGAUCGGGAGGAGGGCGUUUUGGUGGCCGAGACUUUCGAAGAGAAGGUUCUUUCAAUAGGGGUGGUUCUGAUUACUACAAUGCUGGAAACAGCAGCGGUGGAUAUGGGGCAUCUGGUGGAUAUGGUGGAGCAUAUGGUCCCGGGGCAUCCAGUGCAUGGGAUUGAUUACCACCACCCAAUAGAACUAUACAUAGAGAUUAGGUGCGGAUGUACACCCAUAGAAUCAUUUUUCUCCCC